AUGGCAUACCCUAGAGACGAGCGAUACGGGUACGGCGACCCAUACGCCGGCCCAAGCAACUACAUGUCGCACCCCCUUGACGAUCAGGCAUUGCCGUCGAGUAGCACAGCUGUCCUCAACCCUCAACAGCAGCGGUACUACGACGCAUUCAAUGCCGACGAGUAUGACCCGAACGCGAUAGAUCCCGCACUACGGCUGCGCACAACGCGUACCGCCCACAGCGUGAUUGCGGAGAGUAUCCGGUCCGAGGACGCGAGGAUGCACCGCAAGCGCUCGCGGCUGUUGCGGCAUCUCACGCGCAAGCGUAUACGUCGCCGUCGUGAGGAGCAGGAGGACAAGCCGGAGAUGGCGGGCAAGGAGGAGCUCAGGCCACCGACGAUUGCGGGCAGCGAGGCAGGAGGGUCACAAGCCGACACGUCCGUUGCUGGUGACGAGCCAGAACCGUCACGCCCACACGAUGUGCCCAAGGACAAGACCAAGGUCAAGAAGGGCAAGAAGCAGCUUCCACGCCGCGAGGUGUACGUCAACAUGCCACUACCGCCAAAUGCGGUCGACAAGGCUGGCGAGCCUUUGGUGCGGUACGCGCGCAACAAGGUCCGCACUUCCAAAUACACGCUCCUCACGUUCCUUCCGCGCAACCUGUUCGAGCAGUUCCACCGUGUCGCCAACAUGUACUUUCUGGGCCUCGUCAUCUUACAGCUAUUCCCGAUCUUUGGCGCGACCACGCCAGAGAUUGCCAUGCUGCCGCUUGUCGCCAUCUUGGGUAUGACAGCGAUCAAGGAUGGCGUAGAGGACUGGCGCCGCGCGAGUCUCGAUGAGCAGGUCAACACGAGUGCGGCUACCAAGCUCGGCAACUGGAGGAACGAGAACCAGCCCACUGACCCGCGCAACUGGUUUGAGCGGCUAUUCCACAUUGGGCAAAACCCUCAAAAGCCGUCCAAGGGAGUGCGCAAGCUGCGCGAGGCCGAGGCGCGCGCCGGCAAGCAGAUUGUCAUGGAGCGGGUGUCGAAGGAGCACGACACCGAGGAGAUCCAGCUCGACGACACGCCCCGGGGAACGCUGCAGCUGCCAGCGUCGCAGCAGUACCCUUCGUCCGACUCCAUUCCCGGUAUGCGCUUACCUUAUCGGCCACGCGCAAUCUCGGUAUCGUCAUCUACGCCCAGUGCAACGUCAGGGCGCAGCGCAGGCGCAGUCGAUUAUUCAAUGCAGACCGCGGGGACGGCGCAGUGGGAGCGCACGCUGUGGAAGAAGCUCGAAGUCGGUGAUCUCGUCCUCCUGCGCGACAACGAGCAGAUUCCCGCCGAUGUCAUCGUCCUUGCGACAUCGGACGCGGACGGAUUGUGUUUCGUCGAGACCAAGAACCUCGACGGCGAGACCAACCUCAAGCCUCGCAAGGCCGUCAAGGCGACCUCGCAUGCCCGCAGCGAGGAGGAUCUCGAGCACUCGAGAUUUAUGCUCGAUUCGGAACCACCACACGCCAACCUCUACUCGUACAACGGCCUGAUGCGCUACCGCUCGACCAGCCACGGCCGACUAAGCGCGGGCGAGGAGAAGGUUGAGCCAGUCACGAUUAACGAGAUGCUGCUGCGCGGCUGCACGAUCCGCAACACGAAGUGGGUCAUUGGCCUCGUCGUAUUCACCGGCGCCGACACCAAGAUUAUGCUCAACGGCGGUGACACACCGUCGAAGCGCAGCAAGAUCGAGCGCGAGACAAACUUCAACGUCAUUAUGAACUUCAUCAUCCUAAUGGUACUCUGUUUGCUCACAGCCCUUCUGCACGGCGUGUACAGGUACAAGGACGACACGAGUGCCAAGUACUACGAGAUUGGGGCCGCCGUCUCGGAGAACGUCGUGAUCGACUCGGUCGUCAUCUUCGUCUCGUCCCUCGUCGUCUUCCAGAACAUUGUGCCGAUUUCGCUGUACAUCACCAUCGAAAUCGUCAAAACGAUCCAGGCGUUCUUCAUCUUCCAGGACAUCGAGAUGUACUACGCACCAUACGACACGCCAUGCGUGCCCAAGAGGUGGAACAUCUCAGAUGACCUCGGUCAGAUCGAGUAUGUGUUCUCAGACAAGACUGGCACUCUCACGCAAAACGUCAUGGAAUUCAAGAAGUGCUCGAUCCAGGGCGUCUCGUUCGGCGAGGGCUUUACUGAGGCCAUGCUCGGCGCAGCCAAGCGCGAGGGCAAGGACCUCGGCAUGACGAUGGAGGACCAGGCCGAGGAGCUCGAGGAGUACAAGGAGACAAUGAUUAACACGAUGAAGAGGGCCUACAAGAACCGUUACCUGCGCGAGGACCAGCUCACCCUCGUCGCUCCGAACCUCGCCCAGCGCCUCGCCGACAAGCAGGACCCUCUCCGGCCCGAUAUCAUCGCGUUCUUCCGCGCACUCGCCCUGUGUCACACUGUCCUGUCCGACAAGGCUGAACCCGAGGACAAGCCGUUUUGCCUUGAUUACAAGGCGGAGAGUCCAGACGAGGCCGCUCUCGUCAGCGCGGCACGCGACGCCGGCUUCCCGUUCGUCACCCGUAAUACGCAGAAGAUCGACAUCGAGGUACUCGGUAUCCCCGAGCGCUGGACACCUCUACGUGUGCUCGAGUUCAACUCGACGCGCAAGCGUAUGAGCGUGAUCGUCCGCAGUCCCGAGGGACAGAUUGUACUCUACUGCAAAGGUGCCGACACUGUCAUCUACGAGCGGCUCGUCAAGAACCACAACGAGCAGCUUAAGCAGACGACGCUCAAGGACCUGGAGACGUUCGCUAACGCGGGUCUUCGCACACUGUGCAUCGCUUACCGCUACAUGGGCGAGCAGGAGUUUGACCAGUGGUCGAAGCAGUACGACGAGGCGUGCGCGGCUGUUAAUGACCGCGAGGACAAGAUCGACAAGGCGUGCGAGGUCAUCGAACACAGCCUCACGAUCCUGGGUGCUACCGCCCUCGAGGACAAGCUGCAAGAGGGUGUGCCUGACGCCAUUGCGAUGUUGCACAAGGCUGGCAUCAAGCUGUGGAUCCUGACUGGCGAUAAGCUGCAGACAGCCAUCGAAAUCGGCUACUCGUGCAACCUGCUCACCAACGACAUGGAAGUCAUGAUCAUCUCGGCGGACUCGCCGGAAGGAGCACGAGCACAGAUUGAAAGCGGCCUGAACAAGAUCGCAUCGACCCUCGGGCCACCUCCUACCAGGGGUGGCGGCAAGAUCUACACCGCUGGCAUGAACCCCUCGGCCGAGUUUGCUGUGGUCAUCGAUGGCGAAAGCUUGCGAUACGCUCUGGACCCUUCGCUCAAGACGCUCUUCCUCUCGCUGGGAACGCAGUGUGCCGCCGUCAUCUGCUGCCGCGUCUCGCCAGCGCAGAAGGCACAGACGGUCAAGCUUGUUAAGGACGGCUGCAACGCGAUGACGCUCAGCAUUGGCGACGGUGCCAACGACGUAGCCAUGAUCCAAGAGGCCAACAUUGGCGUUGGGCUGUUCGGCCUCGAGGGUUCGCAGGCGGCCAUGUCGGCUGACUAUGCUUUCGGACAGUUCCGCUUUCUAACGCGCUUACUGCUCGUCCACGGGCGUUGGUCGUACGUGCGCGUCGCCGACAUGCACGCCAACUUCUUCUACAAGAACGUCAUCUGGACACUCGCCAUGUUCUGGUUUCUCAUCUUCUGCAGCUUCGACGCGACGUACCUGUUCGAGUACACGUUUGUGCUACUCUACAACCUCAUCUUCACGUCGUUACCCGUCGGUAUCCUCGGUGCGUUCGAUCAGGACACGAACGCCGUGUGCUCGAUGGCCUACCCGCAGCUAUACACGCGUGGCAUCAUGGGCCUGGACUACACCAGAGUCCGUUUCUGGCUGUACAUGCUCGACGGCCUGUACCAGUCUGCGAUCAUCUUCUUCAUCCCCUACUUCAUCUACGGGGAUGGUACGACGUGGUCGUCGAGUGCGCGCGACACGAACAACCUUUAUGACCUGUCGUCGGCCAUUGCGGCUGCGGGCAUCUUCGCAGCCAACCUCUACGUCGGCAUCAACACGCGCUACUGGACGUUCAUCCCGUGGAUCAUCAUCCCGCUCUCGACUCUGGCCGUGUUCAUCUGGAUCGCCGUGUACUCGUACAUGUCCAACCUAGCGUACUAUGGCGUCGUGUCAAUCAUCUUCCCGACCUUCACCUUCUGGGCGACCGUUGUCUUCACCGUCAUGCUCGCGGUGGGACCGCACUGGCUCCUCCGUGCGUUCAAGCAGUCCUACUUCCCCAUCGACAAGGACAUUAUCCGCGAGGCCUGGGUCGGCGGCGAUCUGAAGGACCAGCUUGGAGUCCCGCACCGCAAGCGUCGCCGCCGCCUACACCCAGACAUCGAGGGGGCGAGCUACGCAUACAAACCCCGCCCAGCCCCAGUGGAGACGCGCUUCGAAAGCCCCAUCCGCCCCUCCGAUCCAUUACUACACCAACACGCGCCCAACUCGGACUCGGUCGGCCCCUCAACCCCAACAAGCCCAUCACCUCACCCCGACCCAGCGUGGCCAGCGCAGGCAUGGCCACAACCCAAACCAGACCAACCAUAUACCCAGUCCUGGAAUACCGAAGCCUGGCGUGAUACCCCGGGAUCGUCUGGACCGUCACCGGACCGCCACCCCCCCGCUGAGCACUCGCUGGUCGAGAACCUCGCCCCAUUGUCUUCCCAACGCCGCCAGCCGCCAUCAGCGUGGGCCAACCCCGAUUUUACGGAGGGCACGGAGUGGCAGAAUCGCCCGCCAUCCGAGUUUGACGAAAACUACGCUGGGCGCGCCGUGUAA